CUUUCUAGGGUUUGUUUUUCAUUUUUACAAGAAGAUGAUACAGCUAUACUACUCGGCGAUCUUCGCCGAGAUGAUGGCGAUUCUGAUCCUUCUCUUCAAAACCCCUCUAAGGAAACUCGUUGUCAUGUCAAUAGACCGCCUCAAACGUGGCACCGGUCCUCUCGUCGUCAAAACCGUAGCCGGUGUCGUCUUCCUCAUGAUGUCCAUCACUAUUUACACAAUCACUGAUAUUAAUAGUCGUCCGCUAGAACUCUUGAAUCCCACCGACCAGAUUAUCCAAGGAAGAGCCAUGCUUGAAGCUUCUUUAAUGGGGUUCAUGUUAUUUAUGCUGUUGAUGGUGGAUAGACUUCAUCACUACAUUAGAGAACUGAGGUUGUUAAGAAAGGCAAUGGAGGCAAUCAAGACUCAAAACCAUGGGGGAGAUGAAGGAAAAGGUUUGAAUCCUGAGGAGAUUAAAGUCUUGGGAGAACAGGUAUCAACACUGAAAGGAAAGAUCAAACAGUUGGAAUCUGAAUCGACAGAAAAGGGGAAGGAAGUGAAAGCUGCAGAAGCAGGGGCAGCUGCUCAGAAAAAUCAAAUUGAAGAUCUUCUUUUGGACUAUGAUCGUUUGUUGAAGGAGAAUCAAAGCCUUGGAGAAAAGCUUCAGUUGCCACUUGAUAAAACUGUCAAGAAGAACACAUGAAG